CACAUAUGCAGAUACCCUUGUUUUCAUGGUAACUGUGAAUUCAGAUGCAUAAAUGGUUACUUGAGAUUUCUACCACAAAUAUUUCAUACCAAACCCACUUAAGAAAAACGUGCAACCGUGCAAAGAGACGGAGAGUCUUACUAUCUCACCCUUAAAAUGCCAGUAAUGCAUGCAUAUCGGCUAACCAUUGAAAUAAUGUUAUAUUUUUUACCCUAGAGAAAUGAAGAAAGGAAGAAAACAAUUGACUCAAUGAAGAAACUCUUCUCGUUGGAAGACAAUUAAAAAGGAAACAAGGCAUCCAAAUUAGUAUUUCCCGGGAACAAAGAUCCUCCAUCAAUGUAUCCAUCUUUCCUCUGGGCAACAAAUCAAUGAACAAAAAUAUUCAAUUGAAGCCAGAGAAAAUGCCAUACUCGCACCCAAAUCAAUCCCCAAGCACCAAAAAAGAAACAAAUACAAACCCUUUUUUUCCUUCUUCCACAUGAUCUCUUGCUAUCACCUUUUGUUUCAUCAAUAACCAUGCUGUCCUGUAUCCCAUUCCUCACCAUUUUCAGCCUCAUCAAGCUAUUCCUUCACACUUCAUUCCAACUUCCUUGAGAAAACAAAAGAAAAAAAGAACCCUAGCCCUUUUUCACGGUGGGUAAAGAAAUUAAAAUCACGCAAAAGUACGUAGAGCCCUAAUCUCUACUAUGUUCUUCCCCAUUACCAUGCUAAUUACACCACGACCAUUAUGGAUCAAGCCAAGCGCCUCCUCUGUACCCACGACCUAUGGAACCCUUUCAAUACAACUUUUGUACAGACCUGCGGCAUGCUCCUCGUCUCCCAGAUCUUCCACGUCAUCCUCAAGCCCUUCGGCCAGCCCGGCCCCGUCGCCCAGAUUCUGGCAGGAUUGGUGCUGGGACCGUCACUACUGUGCAAAAUCGACCGGAUACGACAGAUAUUCAUCCAGCCGGCGUUCGAGGACUACAGCUUCCUCCUCCUCUUCGUGUUCCGCAUCCUCUUCAUGUUCACCAUCGGGCUCGAGGCCGACCUGCCCUACAUCUGCCGGAACUUCCAGCGGAUCGGCGUGAUCGCGGCCUGGAACGUGGCCGUGUGCGCCGCCUUCGGGGCCGCGGCCUCGUUCUUCGUCAUCAACGUGCUCAAGGUGACGGCACACAGGUUGGCGUUCGCCAACGUCAUCAUGAUCAUUGUGGCCAGCGUGGCGUCCCCCGUGGUGGUCCGGCUCUUGGCCGAGCUGAAGUUCGACACGGCGGAACCGGGGAGGCUGGCGAUCUGCGCGGCGCUGUUCAUGGAGCUGUUCUGCAUCACGUGGUACUCCACCUACCUGGCCUUCAGCUCCGGGAAGAUGUUUGGGUUUGCGCUUGUUUGCAUCGUCGGGACUGGGAUCGUCGCCUACGCCAACAGAUACCUGGCCAAUUGGUGCAACAAGAGGAGGAGGCACAUGAAGUUCGUGCCGAGCACGGAGAUGUCGGGGAUCCUCCUCCUCGUCAUCCUGCUCUCCUUCAUGAUCGAGAAGUUAGGGUUCAACAGCAUGAUCUCCUGCUUCCUCGUCGGCGUGGCUUUCCCCAAGGAAGGCAAGACCACCAGGACCUUGCUCCAUCGUUUGACCUACGCGGUCAACAACUUCAUCCUCCCUAUUUACUUCGGCUUCAAUGGCUUCAGGUUUGACGUCAACUACCUCAUCAACGUCAGGAACUGCAUCGUGGUGGCGCUGCUGAUACUGCUGAGCAUGGGCGGGAAGAUCAUCGGCACGCUCUGCGCUUGCCAUUACCUCAACAUCCCCAGGAAUGAAGCCGUGGUGCUUGCUUUCAUUCUCAACUUGAAGGGCCACGGCGAGCUUCUUGUCAUCGAAGCUUUCUCCAGGUCAGAUACAUGGUGGGACGACAACACACACAAGCUAGUAAUCAUCAUAGUGGUGAUCAACACCCUAAUAGCCGGUCCAGUGGUUUCCUUCAUCCUCAAGCGCGACAGGAAGUACUUCGCCCACAAACUCACCUUCUUGGAGUUCCUCGACCCUGAAAAUGAGCUCCGCUUCCUGGCCUGCGUCUACGAGUCCCGCCACAUAACCUCCAAGCUCGGCCUCAUCGCCACCAUGACCGGCUCCCAACGUUCUCCCACCGUCACCUACCUCAUCCACCUCGUCGAGCUCCAAAAACGACACCGCCGCAAGAAGAAACUCAUGUACCACGAGCUUCAGGACGGCGACCAGUUCAGCGACGACGACGAGUACGGCGGAAACGACAUCAUCGAGAUAAACGACGCCGUGGACGCGUUCACGACCGACAGCAAGAUCCUCGUCCACCAGAGCAAGGCCGUCUCCUGGUUCCCCAAGGUGUACGAGGACGUGUGCUCCAGCGCCGAGGACCUGCGCGUGUCGAUCGUGUUCCUCACGUUCCACAAGCACCAGCGGCUGGACGGGAAGCUGGAGAAUGACAAGGACGGGGUGAGGAUCGUGAACCAGAAGGUGAUGCGCCACGCGCCGUGCUCGGUCGGGAUAUUCGUGGACCGUGGGCUCACCGGGUUCCAGCUCCCGAGCCCGGAGCUGGUCCAGAACGUGGCCAUGUUGUUCUUUGGUGGGCCCGAUGACAGGGAGGCACUGGCCUGUUGCAAGAGGAUUGCCACGCAUCCGUACGUGAACUUGACGAUCAUUAGAUUUCAAUCGGAGGGUCAGCCGAAGAAUCAGCAGGUGCAUGAUAGGAACGGUGAGGAAGAGGAGCAGCAUAUCUCGAUCUCCAGCUAUGAGGUGGAUAUGGCCAUUGAUAAUGUUUUCAUGGAGGAUUUUUGCAACAGAUAUGUGACGUCAGGGAAGGUGAAGUACAUGGAGAAGAAGACGGAGAAUGGAGAGCAAACGGUUGAGAUACUGAAAGAGAUAGGCGAGAUGUAUUCACUGUUCAUAGUAGGAAAAGGCGGCCGAGGGAAUUCUCCGAUGACCACGGGGAUGAGCGAUUGGGAGGAAUGUCCGGAACUAGGGGCCGUCGGAGACAUUCUGGCUUCUGCGGAGCUUAAUUUGGGUGCUUCCAUUUUGGUCAUUCAACAACAUAGAAAUGCUACCGAAGGGCACGAGGAUAACGAGCAUCCUGUUCUAGAUGACGACGAUUGAUCUAUAUGGUCAUGAUGAGGAUUAGUGUUGUCUUUUCUUCUUCUCGGUUUUUGUCCUUUUCAUCAUCCUUUUUGUUUUCUUCUGGAUUCUUAUCGAUUGUCAAUGAAGUAGCUGUAGAUUAAUUAGCUAAUAGAUUAUACGGUAGUAGUGUAUGUUUGAAUCCGGAGUUAAUUAAAUUGGAUUGCCGAAAAGAAAAGAAGAGUUGAUAUAUGGAUGCCAAAAUCUUCUACCAAACCCAUAGUCCCAUAUACACCAAGAAUUAGAGAAACUCCACAAUUCCUAGAAAACUGCUGAUCUGGCAAUAAAAAAGGCUAAGUUGA